CAUCAUAUGAGGGGUUUCCCUUCCUAUAAGACACCUAGGUACAUAGUGGAAGUAAUUUACGUUUUAUAUCGUGGUUCAUUGCAAGUUAUUUGAUGUAGGAAAAUAAUGUAUCGUAUUUCAGACCAUGUAGCUUCCUGUCUGAAACUAUUCAGGUCCACAGCGAUCAAUGGUCUUCCUAAUAGUUCUAAUGAGUUUGUAGCCUUUCGAAUAACGGACGAAUUUGCGAGGUUCAAGGUCUGGUCAAGUAAUAUCGGAGCUCAUAGAAUUGGAAAGAGCUCGCUCGACUACCGUCUCCGAGAUGCUUCUCAUUUGCAGAAACAAGUCGAGAACUUACUCACCGACCUGAGCAAUUCUCUCAAGAAUGCCCUGUCUAUCCUGAGUGGCGAGAAAGUACCUUGGGACGAGCUGCUUGUUGAAGAGGAAGACUAUGGCCAAGACGUAGAUGGGCCAACUCACGGUAAUGUUGAAUUUGACACAGAGCUAGAUCAAAUCCUAGCAGACAUUACAGAAGUCGUGGAUUGUCUGCUGAGACUUUCCGUAUCGAUUCGCAACCCCGCUCCUCAUGACAGACUAAGAGCCUCCGGGCGUAUAAAUGUCUCCCAUUACGAAACGUCUGACAUCUCUCAUGUUGCAACCAAAUUCGACUCGGCAGAUCCAAAGCUUUCCGAAUGCUUAGGUAAAGCGAAUUCCCGCCGAAGGCAAUAUUUCAGAUACAGGGCUUCCCAUCAUGGUAUUCUCUCAGAAGGCCUGGACGCGGACUUCAGUAAAUCAGAAUUCGAGGGGCAAAGCACAGUUGCAUCGUCGAUACCGCAAUCCCAAAAAGGCAAAGUGCCAAAUCUUAGGCUCAACUGUAUUGACGAAGAUGAAUUAUCCGAUAGUGGUAUAACCCAGAGCUCGUUUGCAACCACACGAGGUGAUGGCGGGCCACACAUUCCAGCUCUACCAGCCAAAGCCUCAAAAGGCCCAUUUGAAUGUCCAUUUUGUUAUAUGAUGAUAUCAGUCUCCAGUAGACGUGCGUGGAAGAAGCACAUUUUCGCCGACCUUCGGCCUUAUAAUUGCCUGGUCUUGGACUGCCCCGUUGUGGGGAUUGAUUUCGCAAGACGGCAUCAAUGGAUGGACCACAUACUACAAAAACACUGGCGUCUUUGGCAUUGCGCAUUUUGCAGUCACCCACCAUUCAACUCAUCUGAAAGCUUCCAGGGCCACUUACAAAAUUCACAUGGUGAGAUCGCCAGUAAUGACCAACUAAUAGCUUCCUUAGAGCUCUCCACAAACCAACGCCCACUCGAUAACCCCAGUAAUUGCCCUCUCUGCCAAGAACCAAUGUCGUCAACUAACGAGUACAAACGCCACGUUGGUCGCCACUUGGAAGACAUCGCAUUGUUCGUUCUUCCCACCCCUGAUGACGAUAGCGGUGAUGAAAACCUGGAAGAUCUGACCUCAAUGGAUAUUGAUGAUUCUUCCACCGAAUCAUCUGACUCUGGUGCCGGGGAAGGAGAGGCUGUAAACGCUUUGAGUGAAACAGACAAUCACUCGUGGAUGGAAAUCGAAGUUGGACGGGAGCCGGUGGAGGACUUUUUCGGAUACAAUACGCCGAUUCGCCCUUCAACCAACUUAGUUGAAAUAGGUAUUAUUUUAAUAUUCAUGGCCAACCCCAGGCAAUCCGCCACGGCUUACACUAUAGCUAACAAAAUUAGGACUGAAUGCUUACAGGACCGCUCGGGUAGCCGAAGUUCUCGACGAAUUAAGAACGACUAACUAUUACAUGGCAGCAGAGCCAGUAGACCCGCCGAAUAUCGAUGACUUUUACACGGAAGGAUGGGCGGUAUUGCGACAAUGUUCAAUAGAUGCCCAACAUAUUGUCAAUGCAGCGGCAGAUAUUACAGUGCCACAGGCAGGGGGUGACGACGCGGAACAGGC